AUGUCAUUAUGUGGAGAAUCAGACUCUUUGUUAUGUCGGACAUUUCCAGUUUUCCUAAGGAAGCAGGCGUUAGAAUGGUUUACGGGCCUGCCAGUCAAUUACAUUGACAGUUGGUCCGAUUUAUCUCUUCGUUUCAUACAGCAGUUUGCUCAUUGUGGACCCCAUCCAAAAACCACACACAAUUUAUGUGGAGUGAGACAGAAGCCAGGAGAAAAGGUCAGAGAGUAUUAUGAACGGUUUCAAGCAGAAGCUAGACAAGUGAAGGGGUUGGAGAAUCAGACGUAUUUGCUGUUGUUUACCACCGGGUUACAGCCUGGCGGGUUGGCAGAUUCUUUGGCGAAAAAAAGGACCGGCUACAAAGGAAGAGUUGAUGGAAAGGAUUCAGAAAAUGUUAUUAAAAGGUUAAUUCAAGAAGGGAAACUACAAAAAUAUGUAAGAAGAGGAGAAGGAGAUGGGUGUAAGGAAGAUAAGAUCCGGCGACUAGACCGAAGUCGCAGCCCGCCUAGGGGAAGGAAUAGGGAGGCUAACAAAAAUCAAAGAGCAGAAAAUCAAUCGUCUCCGGGUCGAGUUCCGGUGGGGCAUAUUUGCACUAUAGCUGGAGGGCGAGCAGGAGGAGGAGAAUCUGGGAAUGCCCAGAAAAAGACUUAA